ACAUACGAUCCGCUUCCGUUUUUACAAGAGCGGUCUCGGCAAUCCGCAAAAUGAGAAGCGGAGGCUUGCAUCAGAAAGCAAGAGGAGGAAGAAGGAAAAAAAAAUAAAACAAAUAAAAAAAAAAUAAAAAAAUAAAAAGACAAAAAAGCCCUUCCUUCUUUCGUACCACAUUCUGUUCUUCUCAUCUUCUCCCAAUUCCAUAAAUCCAGAUCUACAAAUCCUCUCUCUUUCAUUCUCUCGUAAAAAAGACAGAAAAGCCCUCCAACAAAUCCCCAAUUCCCGUUCAAAACCCCCUCCAUCAAGCCUCCGAUCGCUUCCAACCGUCCGAUCUCUGCCCCACCGAUGGCGGCCAUCCGACGCUUGCGCAAUCUCCAAUCGCAGCCGGGCAACAGGACCUGCGUCGAUUGCUCGCAGAAGAACCCGCAAUGGGCUUCUGUCUCCUACGGCAUCUUCAUGUGUCUGGAAUGUUCUGGAAAGCACCGAGGCCUCGGCGUUCAUAUCAGCUUCGUGCGGUCCGUCACGAUGGAUGCGUGGUCCGAAUCCCAGCUCAAGAAGAUGGAAUCUGGCGGUAACGAUGCCCUCAACGCCUUCUUCUCUCAAUACGGAAUUCCCAAAAAUACCGACAUUGUCACCAAGUACAACACCAAUGCCGCCGCGGUAUACCGCAACAAGAUCCAGGCCCUUGCCGAGGGCCGGUCCUGGCAGGAUCCGCCCGUUGUAAAGGAGACGUUGGCCGCGAGGAAUGGCUCGCAGAAGCCGCCGAUGAGUAAGGGUAGUGGCAGGGGUGGUAGUUGUGGAAAUGAUGGAGGGUGGGAUAAUUGGGAUGACGAGGAUGGGUUCCGGCAUCCGGAUCUGCGGCGGAAUCAAUCGGUGGGGGAUUUCAGGGGAGGAUUUGGUGGCGGCGGGACGCAUGGGCCGGUGAGGUCGAUGUCGGUGAAUGAUAUGGUUAUGAAGGCGCAGAUGGAGGCGUCGGCUGCGAAUAAGGAGAGCUACUUUGCGAGGAAGAUGGCAGAAAAUGAUGCUAAACCAGAAGGGAUCCCACCCUCGCAAGGGGGGAAGUAUGUGGGGUUCGGUUCAAAGCCUCCGCCUGCUAGGCAAAAUGGGGUGCAGGGGGGUGUGAUUAAAGACACGGUAUCGGUUUUUUCUCAGGGAUUUGGUCAGCUGUCCCUUGUUGCGGCUUCUGCUGCACAAUCUGCAGCCAAUGUAGUCCAAGCAGGCACAAAGGAGCUGACUUCCAAGGUCGUAGAUGGUAACUACGAUUAUAGGGUCAAUGAAACAGUGAAUGUCGUCACCACAAAGACUACAGAAAUGGGGCAGAGGACAUGGGGGAUCGUGAAGGAUGUCAUGGCGAUGGCUUCUCUGAAGGUUGAAGAAUAUACCAUGGACAACUGGGAGAGCAACGACAGUGAGAGGAACGGCGGAGGAUACAAUCAGCAUUCCGGAGCGGAGAAUAGAGGGUGGAAUUCUUCUGGUGGGCAUCCUUCGAGCAAGCAGUGUGAUCAGUCAGUCAGUUCUAGUUCUUGGGAUGACUGGGACACAAAAGAUGGGAAGCAAGGGAAGGGGGGUGACACGCAAAACGGGGGCAGCUGGGCAGGUUGGGAUGAAGUCGAUGAUGAUGGAUAUGAGAGUUUCCACCACAGUUCAUCAAAGAUGGGCUCCGAUCAGCAUGAGAAAUCAGGUAGCUCUUGGACAGCGGGCGGCUUCUACUAAAGUUGGUUACUGUUUUUUGUUCUUGAGGAGUUAAUAUGAUACUCAUGCCAUCCGUGGGUUUUCAAUUUGUACCUGCUGGCCCUGCGGAUCAGUGUGAUCAAUGCCUUUGGUCCAGUGGCCCACUAUCGAUGGACCAUUGCCCGUAAUUGUUCUUCAUAUGACUGCAGUCCUAACCCCUAGAUUUGUGGCCUUUAAAUGGGUGAUAAUAGACAAUCAAUGGGAGAACGGUGAAAAUUGGAUGGUUAUAAUCUCCCAAUUUACGAGCUUUGGUCCAUGUUUCGUCAGCAACAGGGCCCAUCACAUCAACUGUUUGGGUUGCUGAACCAUGGGUCCCCACUCAUACAAACUGAAAACGGGAGGAUAUAAUCAUAUCUUGGCAUCGGUGAUCAUAUAUAAUUCCUCUCCAUUCUUUUACCAAACGGGGAGAGGGUAGCAUGUUUAAGGGGGUUAAUAGAGAUGUUUACAAGGGUUGAAUUGCCUAAUAAAUAAAAACUCUGCAGUUCAUGAAAAUCAAAACAAUUUUUAUUUUUUAUUUUUUAUUUUUUUAUUUUUUUACUUUUGUAUUAUGUGUGGAUUUGUAAUUGCAAGAGUUAUUAUUUUUUCAUUCAGUUUUUGGUAAUUCCAUUUUUGUAACGGUUUCAAAUUGGUUUGUACUUUUUGUAACAUUGAAUCUGUGAUUGAAAGAGUUCUUAUUUUUUAUUCA